CAGGCCUCAGAGACCUUUGGCCAGCCCUAUUGAUCUAGACUGCUGGGCAGGCAGUGGGACCAACUGACAGACGCCAUGAAGGCUCUGCUGCUUCUGGGGUCCCUGCUGGCGAGCCUGGAUUUGGCACUUCUGGCUCCACCUUGGAAAGCCCCCAGGGGGUUUAAGCAUGGUGCUGGACCCAGGGAACCUAUAGCAGCUCUCACUAUCACCGGCAAGCCCUGCCACUUCCCCUUCCAGUAUCACCGGCAGCUGCACCACAGAUGUACCCAUAAAGGCUGGCAAGGGCCCCGGCCUUGGUGUGCUACUACCCCCAACUUUGAUCAGGACCAACAGUGGGCAUACUGCCUGGAACACAAGAAGGUGGAAGACCACUGCAGCAAACACAACCCUUGCCACAAAGAAGGGACGUGUGUGAACCUGCCUCAAGGCCCCCAAUGCCUCUGUCCAGAACACCUCACUGGGAAGCAUUGCCAGAGAGAGAAGUGCUUUGAGCCUCAGCUUCUGCGGCUCUUUCAUGAGCAUGAAGUAUGGUUUAGAACUGAAUCAGCAGGUGGAGUUGUCAAAUGUCAAUGCAAGGGUCCUGGCUCUCACUGUAAGCCGCAGCCCAGCCGGGCCUGCAGAACCAACCUGUGCCUCAACGGUGGCCACUGCCUAGAGGUGGAGGGACACCGCCUGUGCCAUUGCCGGGAGGGCUACACGGGACCCUUCUGCAACUUAGACACUAAGGCCAAGUGCUAUGAAGGCCGUGGGCUCAGCUACCGGGGUAUGGCCCGGACCACGCUAUCCGGUGCACCGUGUCAGAGGUGGGCCUCGGAGGCCACCUACCGGAACGUGACUGUGGAGCAAGCACUGAGCUGGGGACUGGGCCACCACACCUUCUGCCGGAACCCAGAUAAUGACACCCGCCCGUGGUGUUUCGUCUGGAGCGGCGACCGGCUGAACUGGGAGUAUUGCGACCUGGCACAGUGCCAGGACCCAAUCCGGGUCCCCGUUGAGCGUCCGGCCCUGCCUGUGCCCCAUCCUACAGCAUCGCAGACACAUUCGUCCACGUGGGUCUCCCCGUCCUCAGCCUGGACUCUUCCCAUAGAGUCCGUCACGCAGAGGACACCCCUGCCCAGGACCAGCCCUGUGGGCUGCGGACAGAGGUUUUUGAAGCGGUUGUCCUCGCUGAGCCGCGUUGUUGGCGGACUGGUGGCACUGCCCGGGGCGCACCCCUACAUCGCCGCACUAUACUGGGGCCACAGUUUCUGCGCCGGUAGCCUCAUCGCCUCCUGCUGGGUGCUGACCGCAGCUCACUGCCUGCAGAACCGGCCGGCUCCGGAGGAGCUGACAGUGGUGCUCGGCCAGGAUCGCCAUAACCAGAGCUGUGAGCACUGCCAGACGCUGGCAGUGCACUCCUACCGCGUCCACGAGGGCUUCUCGGCCAUCACCUACCAGCACGAUCUGGCCCUGCUUCGCCUGCAGGAGGACGCGAACGGCAACUGCGCGCUUCCGUCGCUUCACGUUCAGCCGGUGUGCCUGCCUAGCAGUGCUGCCCCACCCUCAGAAGCUGAGACCGCGCUCUGCGAGGUGGCCGGCUGGGGCCACCAGUACGAGGGAGCAGAGGAAUAUUCCACCUUCCUGCAGGAGGCACAAGUACCCUUCAUCUCCUUGGAGAGCUGUUCUGCCUCCCACGUGCAUGGAGAAGCCAUCCUCUCUGGAAUGCUCUGUGCUGGCUUCCUUGAGGGAGGCACAGAUGCUUGCCAGGGUGACUCUGGGGGCCCUCUGGUGUGUGAGGACAAGGCCACAGAACACGGGCUUACCCUGAGAGGCAUCAUCAGCUGGGGUUCAGGCUGUGGCGACCGCAACAAGCCUGGUGUCUACACCGAUGUGGCCUACUACUUGACUUGGAUCCAGGAGCACAUGACUUCCUGACUGGUUAUUCCCUUCUGGUUGUUUCUGGAGUAGCUGGGGCAUGACCAUGGAAAAUAAGGAUUGUGUCACAUUAUUCUGA